AUGCACGACGACGAGCCCUCGCUGAACAUCCCGUCCCUCCUAACGCUAGCAGUCGUGUCAUUCUUCGUGCUCCGCUGGUUCCUCAACCGCGACGACAGUCCCGCAGGCGCCAGCGGCCGGGCUCGUGGCCGAGGCGGCAAUGCCGUCGACCCGGCCCAGGUGGACCAGAUCGCGCAGAUGUUCCCCCAGCUAGGGACCCGAGAUAUCAUGUGGGAUCUACAACGGAAUGGGGGCAGUGUUGCUGCUACGACGGAGAGGAUCUUGACGGGGCGGGGGCUGGAUACUCCGCCUCCCUCAUUCCAACCCCAGAUCCCAACCCGCUCAGCCGGCGCUCCCGCGCAGCAAAGGACUACCUCGGCAACCGCAUCGGCGUUAAAGGGAGACGGACAAGACCUGAUAUCUCGGUACAAUCUCAGCGGCAAGGUCGCCAGCACCGGCAGCGGAGACCUUCCCGAGGCAGCAGCAGCGGCAUCGGGCAAAAGCUCCUGGUCCCAGAACAAGGACGAGCGACAGCGUCUGCUCCAGAAGCGCCGGGAUGAGAUGAUCCUCGCCGCGCGGAGGAAGAUGAUGCAGAAGGAGCAAGGCAGUCCCCAAUGA